CUCUGACUUUCCAAGAGCCUAACUCCACAGCCAGGUCAUUUUUGAUGGUACUUCACUUUUAUUGAUCGGUUUGUCUUUUUCAUCCUCGCUUUGCUCUUUCUCUCUCUCUCUUUCUGUUGCUGUAGGAUCCUGUGGUCCCGAGGGAAGUGUAUGUCAGAUGGUGGUGGCGCAGGCUCUCUAAACUGAACUAUGGCCGCUCUGCCGUUCUGAGGCUAACGGCAUCUCUCCUAGCUGCUUGACAUCAUCUCUUGGACUUACAGACCUGCACAGAACCUCAGCGGCUGCAGCAGAUAAUCAGGAUCCUCCAAGACCUGAGCUGGGUGUGUCAUAUAAGAGAGACGUCCAAAACAAGCAAGGCUCCUCCAAGACCAGGAUUGAAAGCCACUGAUGUAGAAACGCAAGCGGGACGUUUGAUGUGCACUUUGCGACUCAGUUUAGUUUAGGAUUACCAGCAGUCCACCCCGGGAGGAAUUCGGGUUUGAUUCAUGCGAAAGCAUCUCCAGCAGCCUCUUGGUGGUUUUGGGUUGCGAUGGCAUGCCCAAUAUUGCGUUGUCGAGGCGCAGAGAUGCUAUGUCAGUAGUGUAUCACGUGCCCACAAGCUCCCUGUCUCGCGCCUGUGUCUGAAGCACCGUCUGAGCCUCCUCCCUCCCUCAUCUCAGCGAGCAACGGCAGCACGAGAACAAUUCGAAUCAGCAAUCAUGCGGUCGCGCGGAGAAUACGCCCAUCUUCGCGCCUCCCUUCCUGAGCGAGGUCCUUAAAUGACCCACGAACACUAAGGAGCUCGGGCUUUCCCUGUCCGGAUCAUGGCAUGCGCCCCAUCCCGGACUUCCACACGCGCGGCGCCGAGGCUCGAGAGCAGUGAACAUGGGAAUCAGGUCCAGAAAUGCCACUAACGGUGCCGAGGACUCGCGCGAGCGGAAAAAAGCGCUGGCAGCAGACCUGGAGCAGUGCGCGGGACAGGAACGGGACGGCGCGCUGCUGCUCGUCGGCUCGGGCAGGGAACCGGACUUCAAACGGGGCUCGCAGAACAUCGGUCUGCUCGCUAAGACGCCCCUGGGCUACACGCGUCCCGUGAAGAGGAAUAAUAUUAGGAAGCGACGGAUUCAGAACCUCAUCUACGACGCGCUCGAGAGACCACGAGGAUGGGCGCUGCUCUACCACGCGUUUGUGUUUCUGAUUGUUUUGGGAUGCCUGAUUCUGUCCAUUUUAACAACGUUCAAAGAGCAUGAGAAAGAUUCGGCUCACUGGCUGGUGAUUCUGGAGACAUUCACAAUCUUUAUUUUUGGAGGCGAGUUUGCAUUGAGGAUAUGGGCCGCCGGCUGCUGCUGUCGAUACAAGGGCUGGAGAGGACGGCUCAAAUUCGCCCGCAAACCGCUGUGUGUCCUGGAUAUCUUUGUACUGAUUGCUUCGGUGCCGGUGGUUGCCGUACGAAACCAGGGAAAUGUGUUGGCCACGUCGCUGCGCAGCCUGCGCUUCCUGCAGAUCCUUCGAAUGCUACGAAUGGACCGCCGUGGAGGCACCUGGAAACUGCUGGGAUCUGCAAUAUACACACACAGCAAGGAGCUGAUUACAGCGUGGUACAUCGGCUUCCUGUCAUUGAUCCUGGCUUCCUUCCUGGUGUACCUGGUUGAGAAGGAUGAUGUCACUAUAGAGCCAUCAUACAGCGAGGGCCCCUCCCCAACUCCAGAGCCGCAGGACUUUGACACCUAUGCAGACGCCCUCUGGUGGGGACUGAUCACCUUGACAACUAUUGGUUACGGUGACAAGACCCCAAAGACGUGGGCGGGGCGUCUUCUGGCUGGGACCUUUGCUCUUAUCGGUGUGUCGUUUUUUGCUCUUCCAGCCGGCAUUCUGGGAUCUGGUUUUGCCCUUAAAGUCCAGCAGAAACAGAGGCAGAAACAUUUCAACCGUCAGAUUCCAGCCGCGGCCUCUCUAAUACAGACGCUGUGGAGAUGCUACGCCUGUGAGAAGUCGGACGGCUGCACGGCCACGUGGAAGAUGUACGUGCUGACGGGGGACUACAUCCCCAUCAUAAACUCAGAGAACUCCAGCCCGGGCAACUUCAGACGACUGAGUAAGCGGUACAAGCGGAAGCCGAAGGUCACGCGUGAUAACGGUUCUCUGGGUCCCGGAGGAGAACGAGCCCUCUCCAUCCCACAGAUCACCUACGACCACAUCGACGACAAAGACGCCGUGUUUUCUGAGGAGUCCUCUGGUAGGGCAGGUUCUCUGUGCUCCGUCAACCGCCAGCGCUCGUGGUCGGCUUUCGCUCUCAGCUGUCCGUCUUCUCCAGUUAAGAAAAAACUGGACGGCCCUGAUAUCUCACGAAACAACAGCCUGGUGGAUGAGCUGGACUUCACGGCUGAAGACGUUGCUCUUCCUGUGGUUACAGACGCUUCACAUCUGUUGAGAAGCCCGUUUGUGGCGAAGGAGGAAGAAUCAGUCUGUACUCAGCACCUGAAUACAACCAGACUUUCCCACGCACACAGAUCCGCCGUCAAGGUCAUCAGACGGAUGCAGUACUUCGUGGCACGCCGCAAAUUUCAGCAAGCGAGGAAACCGUACGACGUGCGGGACGUGAUCGAGCAGUACUCACAGGGACACCUGAACAUGAUGGUCCGCAUCAAAGAGCUCCAGAGGAGGUUGGAUCACACCUUGGGAAAACCGGGCAUGUUCCUGCCAGAGAAAGGUGUGGAUAAGGAGUAUUUUACAGUGGGAGCCCGACUCAUCCGACUGGAAGAUAAGGUACAAUAGACCAAAAAGUGAGAUUCUCCGAGUAUUAGUCCACGUUCCCUGCUUGCACUGAUCUCUGUUGCGGUGCGUGCCUCGCUCCAGUCUGUUGUGUUUGUGGAGGAAGCCAGACUGAUUGAGAUUUGAGGAUUUUCAGAGAUAACGUGACGCAGAUCUUGGAAAGAAUCUCAGCGGGCGCUCUGGAGCUUGGGUAUCUUUUUCAGAAAGCGCGUAUCUGAUGCGAGUCUCGCUGGAGAUAAACCCUGACUAGACGAUCAGCACCC